AUGUUGGCUGCAGGCUACGGGUUCCUGUCAGAGAACGAGGGCUUUGCCCGGCGGUGCGAGGAAGAGGGUAUCAUCUUCGUCGGUCCCACGCCCGAGGCCAUCGCCUCCAUGGGCUCCAAGCGCGGCGCCAAGCUGCUCCUACGGGAAAGAGAUGCAUCGAUCCCGCUUAUCCCCGGCUACGACGGAGCUGAUCAAUCGACGGAGACGCUCUGCAGAGAGGCCAAGCGGAUCGGCUUCCCUGUGCUCCUCAAGGCCAGCGCUGGCGGCGGCGGCAAGGGCAUGCGUGUCGUCAGGGAAGCCUCCCAACUCGUCGACGCCAUCGACUCGGCCAAGCGCGAGUCUAGAAACUCGUUUGGCGACGACACGCUCCUCAUUGAGAAGUACUUCGACGACGUGCGGCACAUCGAGUUCCAGAUCAUGGGCGACCAGUACGGCAACGUGGUCCACCUCAAUGAGCGCGAGUGCUCCGUUCAGCGCCGGCACCAGAAGGUCAUCGAAGAGGCGCCGUCGGUCAUCAUGACCCCCGCCCUGCGGGAGCGCAUGGGUCACUCAGCCGUGGCCAUCGGCCGCGCCAUCAACUACAGAGGCGCCGGCACCGUCGAGUUCAUCGCGGACGACCAAGGGCAUUACUACUUCCUCGAGGUCAACACGCGGUUGCAGGUCGAGCACCCGGUCACGGAGAUGACCACGGGCGUCGACCUCGUCCAGGCACAGAUCCACGUCGCCCAGGGAGCGUCGCUCGACGAGCUCGGCCUCAAACAGGAAGCGUUGCUCGUGAAGGGACACGCGAUUGAGUGCCGCCUCUAUGCGGAGGACCCGGACAACAACUUCUUCCCCUGCACCGGGCGCGUGCUCACAUGGCAGCCGGCCGCAAUCGCCGGCGUGCGCUACGACGGCGGGAUCCGCAGUGGCUCGGAGAUAUCGGUCUACUACGACCCGCUCAUCUGCAAGAUCAUCGCCCACGCCCCCACCCGCGAGGAGGCGCUCAACAAGAUGGUCAAGGCUCUGCGGGAGACGGUGAUUCUGGGUCUCACCACGAACAAGGUAUUCCUACAGCAGGUGCUCCUGCACCCCGAUUUCCGAUCUGGCCAUUUCAACACCCACUUCAUCGACCACCACCUCCCCGCCGACGUUCGGAGGCAGUCAGUGGAGGGAGACAGGGACGAAAUGGUAAUCGCCGCGCUCUUGUGGGACUGGCGAAGGCGGGAAAGAGCGCGGAGCCUCCUUCGCCGCCUGCCCUCCGGCUGGCGUAACAGCCCCUACGCCAACUCGCGGCAAGAGUUCGUCGUUGCCGGCGGUGACAAGGCGCGCAACGUCGCGGUAGAGUAUCGAUACGAAGCCAAGCGCGGCACGGGGACGCAGCGAGAUCCCAAUGCCCACUUCUACGUCAAGGUCAACUCGGCCCGUGAGUACUCGCGGGUGGUGCUCCAUCAGCACCACAUGCCGGUGGGUCCGCAGGGCGAAGGAGAAGAUGACGCCACGCUCGACGUAUCGCUGGACGGUCUCAGGCGGCGAUACAUCGUCAACGCCGCGGAGGACCGCAUCUUCGUCCACUCUGCCACAUUUGGCGAGUCUGUGCUCACCCUCAAGUCGCGCUACGCUCAAGCGUUUGUGGGAGACGCUGCCGGCGAAGGCGAGUACAUCGCCCAGAUGCCCGGCAAGAUACUGCAGCUGCUCGUGGCCGACGGGAAGGAAGUGGCGGCGGGCGAGGCGCUGCUGGUCAUGGAGUCAAUGAAGAUGGAGAGCAAGAUCUCCGCGCACAAGGCGGGCAAGGUGAAGCUGCACAAGAAGGCGAAGAGGAUUGAGAAGGAUCUGUGGUUCUCUCCUCUGCCGCGUUCACUACUCGAGAAGCGCCAUCAAUUCUUUGGCGCACGCGCAUCUUUGCAUCAUCGCCAUUUUGGCCUCUUCGGUCAUCUAGAUCCUACUAUUGGCGCAGAACGCAUCAUCCUAAUCUGUGUGACGCGGAGCCAUGGCUGGGUACCUCCACCGCUACAACAAAGGAAAGAGAUGCAUCGAUCCCGCUUAUCCCCGGCUACGACGGAGCUGAUCAAUCGACGGAGACGCUCAACAGAGAGGCCAAGCGGAUCGGCUUCCCUGUGCUCCUCAAGGCCAGCGCUGGCGGCGGCGGCAAGGGCAUGCGUGUCGUCAGGGAAGCCUCCCAACUCGUCGACGCCAUCGAUUCGGCCAAGCGCGAGUCGAGGAACUCGUUCGGCGACGACACGCUCCUUAUUGAAAAGUACUUCGACGACGUGCGGCACAUCGAGUUCCAGAUCAUGGGCGACCAGUACGGCAACGUGGUCCACCUCAAUGAGCGCGAGUGCUCCGUUCAGCGCCGGCACCAGAAGGUCAUCGAAGAAGCGCCGUCGGUCAUCAUGA